CAGCUCCGCCAGAAUCCCAGGCGCUACUGCAGAGAUGCUGUAACGUGACAAAUGGAAACUCACGCCCUCCAGCCCCUGGGGUGGGUUUGUUUGUGCUGUUUAAAAGACCCGGGGCAUCGGCGAGAGGAUGUCACUUUGUUACUCGACUGACUAGCUCAGCGGUGAUAUCAUGGAAUCUGCACUUUAUUAUGUCCGGGCCAAGACAGCAUUGAGCUGCCGCUACUGCAGAGAGAGGCAGGCGGAAGCAGGGAACGCGGGCCAGGCUCAGAGUACCUCUGCCUUAUGGAGGCCCUGGGUAAUGACAGCGAGAGACUCGGAAAACCACAGACGGAGCCCGUUUGCUUCAGACGGCGAUGGUUCGGGGAGCAAGCAAUCCUUGGGAUUUAAACACCCAGUCAGAUUGUACCUACCCCGAUCCAAGGCCGAUCACUACUUGCAUAUGAUGGGAGAAAAGGUUCUGUCCAGUUUCCCUGUUCAGGCAACCAUGCACUUUUACAACGACGAUUCGGAUACGGAAGAGGAGUUGGAGGAGGAGGAGGAGCAGGAGGAUCCUAUCUUUUCCCUUGACCUAGAAUCGGAAAAUGCUCCGGAAACAACGGAGAUGUUUUGGAAACAGUGAGGGGAGUCAGGGGAGGAGAUGGAUCGGCUUCAAAGCGGAAAGGCUGUCUUCUGAAAGUGAUAUCGUGACAACAAAAACGGAGAAUCCAACUGAACUCCCGGCUCUCAGCUCCUCCAGUUCAAUUGUAGCUACAACGGAUGCGGUCGCUAUUAUUGUUUGCAUUGAUCGUUGCAAGGAAAUGACAAUUUGCACUGUUGUGUUUGUAUAUACGGAGAUAUUUUUUACGUUUAUUUUAUUACUGUAAGUUUAAAAAUAAACUUUCACCUGGAGUUAAGAUUGAAUGCA